AUGGCUCUGCCAUACGAGUAUGGCUGGCCCGUACCCCUGCAGGACGCAAGCCAGUCAAGAAGGCUCUCCUCAUCGGCAGCGGUCUCGAGGGCGCUCCCAAAUCUGCAGGGUGUCGAAGUCGUCUAUGAGGGUCGUUGGCUGAGCGGUACUCCAACAGCGGCGUAUGAUUACCCGAAGGAGAACAUCGUCGUGCUUGUCGAUGCCAAGAGUGUUGAUCCGGAGCUUACACCCUCCAAAGACAACAUCCUUCGUGAAUUGUCGAAGUUCGUGCAGGAUGCUAAGCCGGGAGACCACUUUUUCUUCUUCUAUCUAGUUCCGUGCGAUUACUGGAACCACUCCAAGGAAGUGCCAAUCACCGAGAGAGCGAUCUUCGGUCACGAGCUGCGGAAGUUGCUAGUCGACAGCCUCCCAGUCAAUGCAGACCUGAACGUCAUUUUCGAUGCCUGCGGUUCUGGACGUCUCUUGGAACUGCUCCAUCAUCGCUGCAACAACGUCUACUUCCCUUGGAUCAGUCCUGGUUUCCGCAAGCGUAUGACCCAGUGGCGCGGCGUUCGCCGCAAGAAUGGCUGCACUUUGGGCAAGAAGCUCUCGUACCAAGAGUCCGUCGAUAACUCCAGUACACACCCUGGCACUCGCAGGUCGUCUACCUCGAGCCUUCGCAUCUUCCAGAGCAAACGACUCAGCCAAGAUGAGGUACAGACUGUCGAUACCUCGGUCAAUAUCGUCAGCGGUAAGGGGAAGCAUCGCCAAGUAUCUGUUACCAGACGGCAGUCGUCGAAUCAACGUCGGACGGGCUCUUCUCUACUCCAAAUCGUUGAGGACGCAUACGACUGGACACGUGCAGAGAGCCCCCACAAUUUCGACGAUCUACACUUCCAGCGGUGUGCUUCGCCCACUGUGGAAGACUGUGACGGUUAUCACUGUGAUUCGUCCUCCAGCCUCGGGGUAACAGACGGCCCCAAUGUAGUUGCGGUAGCAUCCUCCGGGGAAUCGCAAAGGACCUGGGACACUAAGGACUACUCGUUUACCCAGGCUCUCAUUCGUGCACUCAGGCUCGACCCACACCAGACCAUCGCUCAGCUUGUGAACACACUGACAUUUGGGGCCUACGAGCACAGCCGGAAGUUGCACGAAUGGAGCCAAGAGAAGAGGAGGAUCUGGAAAGAGAAGAUCUCGCAACGUCCCGACUAUGACGUCGCGUUCCUCAUCGCUGCCAGUGAAGCCGCGGAGAGGCAAAGGGCCUUGGAGCUCGUCAACUACUCCGAACCGCAGGUCGAAAGUCAGAGACCUACGGUUCUGCAGCAGAUCUUCGACCCUUGA